AUGACGCGUUGCGCGGCACUGGUGCUCCUCCUGGCGACGGCCGCCGCCGCCAACUACUGCACUCUGCCCUCUUGCCCCGGCAGGACGCACACCAUGUGCAAGUACCCUCGUAGCAACCCGGGUUCCUCCUGCGAUAGGGUGCUCGAGCGUGGCGUUAGCCGCGCAGAUCGAGCUUUGAUCCUCAGGGAGCACAACAGGAUCCGCCAGGCGGUGAAGGCCGGCCGGUACGCCUCGAAGAACCUGCCGGCCGCCAAAGCCAUGCCCGACCUCAGGUGGGACUCCGAGCUGGCGCGGGUGGCGCAGCGCUGGGCUGACCAGUGUUUGUACGGCCACGACAAGUGCCGCAGCGUGCCACGCUUCUACGUCGGCCAGAACUUUGCCUUCACAUCGGGCGCCGCCAGGGACUGGAACGGUAGAGCGAUCCGCCAGUGGUUCCACUCGGAGCUGCCGUUCUUCCGGCAGAGCGACCUGGUGUUCCGCCGGGGCACGGACCCGGCAACCGGCCGCGCCAUCGGUCACCUGACCCAGGUCAUCUGGGCGCGCACCACCAAAAUCGGCUGUGGCUACAUGGCUUGGGGCAAUGACAAGUGGGCAGCUCGCACAUACUUCUGUAACUACGGACCGGGUGGGAACAUCCGGCACCACAAGAUCUACCAGCGUGGUCAAUCACCAGGGACCUGCCGUGGCUAG